CGUAGUGUCGGAAAUAAAUUGGGUUUUCUUGUGAUGUCAUCACAAUAAACAUAAAAAAAAUAAUUUGUAAAAGGCAAUUGCGUAUGUCACUAAUUUUAAUUUUAUCAACAACUCGACUAUUUAAAAAUGACUUAUAUAUCUUCUAAUGGUACAAUACAGGGCUCACAGUCCUGGUUCCGUCUAUCUAUAUUAACAGACACAUUUUGGGCUAUUAUUAAUUUCUUUGUUUUAUUUUUCCAUACAAUGUUUUCGCCAAAUCUUACAAAGAAGGGUAAUCAGUAUUCUUCUGACUAUCGUAGUGGAGGUGGUGGUUUUUUUGAUAGUCCACCCAGACCUCCUCAAAGAAGAAUGGGACGCAUAGGUGGCGGAGGAGGUGGAGGGUUUUCUCCUGGAGCUCUUCCCCCUGGAGGUGGAUGAGGAAGGUAAGACCAACUGUAUGUUACAUUAACUUAGUUGGUCUAGCUUUAAUAUUGCGCAAUGCUCUUGCAGAGAUACUAUGAAAAUUUAAAUUGUAGUUAAUGAUUUUACCCGAGGAAGUUCGUAAAGAAACUCGCGUGUGAAUGAUGAACUAAAGAGUAACUGUAGUUUCAUUGUAAAUGUGAAUAAAAGAUUUUUAUUAGAUAAUUUGUGUAA